UCACGUGGCUACUGUUGUUGUUGGGAACGAGAGUUCGAAUCCGCAGCCCAAGAUGGCGGCGCUCAUUCCAAACUCGGCCUGAUGUUGGCGUAAACGUAACGUAAGCGUCGUCAUUCACGAAACUUUCGCAAACUUUCCCCCGCAAACCUGCUCGUGGUCGAGAACGCCUUCGUGUCGAGUUUCAGGCUGGACGGACCUGAAGAGGAGACCAUGCCGUGCGAGUCUGGCAGCGAGGGCGAGGGGGGAGCCGGACCGACUACCGAGUCCGUCUCGGGAAGACAAGACCCCGACACCGAGCUCCUAGUCGUCCCAGACCCGGUAGUUCUUAGCAAGAGGUACCCUCUACACUACAGUGUCUUCCAGGGCGAUAUCAAGAGGGUCUCGGCUCUGCUUAGGACCUGCGAUGUCACCGAACAAGACGUUCACGGAAACACAGCUCUCCAUCUGGCUGUCAUGCUGGGCAAGAAAGAGUGUGUGCACCUGCUGUUGGCCCAUGGUGCACCAGUGCGAGUGAAGAACGCUGCAGGCUGGAACCCGCUGGCGGAGGCCAUCAGUUAUGGAGACAGACAAACCAUCACCUCCCUACUAAGGAAGUUUAAGCAGCAGUCUCGGGAAACUCUGGAGGAGAAAAGGCCGGAGCUUCUACAGGCACUUAAGGAGCUAGGAGAUUUCUACCUGGAGCUGAAGUGGGAUUUCCACAGCUGGGUUCCCCUGGUGUCCAGAAUACUGCCCUCGGACACAUGCAGAAUAUAUAAGAGUGGUGUCUGCAUAAGGUCAGUUGUAACAAGCCAUGCAAUUGGUUGUAAAACCACCUGAGUUGUAACAAGCCAUAUGGUUGG